UUUUGUCGAUGGUCUGCUCUUAUCUGCUAUGAAUGUUGAUACCGACAUCGAAAAGAAAACAAGAAUAUUCUUCAUCACAUUGUGCGACCUCUUACCCGUACGACCAACCACAUGUUUUUCCAACAGCUGCAGUCAAAAAGAAACUGUGUGAAACUGCAGACGUCGAUUUUCAGUUCCAACAGGAAAAUGAUUUUAUCCCAACUGAAUGAUUCACAGCGGAUUGCUUUAAAACAGUUUAAAGGAAACGUGGAAGACUGCAAAUUGGCUGACCCAAGUGACGAAUAUCUAUUAACAUGGCUCGUUGCUAGAAAUUUUGACGUCACUCAGUCCGAGAAAAUGCUGAGACGCUCUUUAGAAUGGCGCGAAGAGAACAGCAUCGACGGAAUGUUGCACAAGUGGAAACCACCAAAAGUCCUACUUGAGUACUAUCCUAUGAAAGUAGUUGGUCACGAUAAAUGCUACAACCCAUUGUGGAUAAAAGGCUUCGGUCAAGCAGAUUGGAGAGGACUUUUGCAUUCAGUCAACAAACGCGAUUUUCUGCGUUAUGUCUGUUACAUAGCGGAACAAGGAUCGGAAGAAUUUAGAAAAUGCUCUCAACUCGCCCAAAGACCAAUCACCUCUUCAACUUUCAUCAUAGAUAUGGAGGGGCUAUCAAUGAAGCAGAUCGCUCACCGGCCACUUCGAGAUAUUGGCCUUGAAGCCAUAAAAGUACUCGAAGCAAACUACCCCGAAGUCAUUCGAAAGGCUUUUAUCAUCAAUGCUCCUAAAUUAUUUACCAUGGUGUUUUCCAUUGUGAAGCCCUUCCUACAUCAAAUGACUUUAGACAAGAUCAACAUCUUCGGUUUUGAUAAAAAAGAGUGGAGCGCUGCCUUAUUAAAGGAAAUCGAUGCCGACCAAUUACCGGCUCAAUACGGUGGAACUUUGACUGACUUGAAAGCUAGCGAUCCCAGUAAAUUUACCAUUGGAGGAGAAGUGCCAAAAAGUAACUAUCUAAAAGUUGUCAAGCCAUCAACGAAGAGUUACAUGACGUCACUAUUGGUGUCAAAAGGAAACAAAAAGAAACUAGAAUUUCAAAUUGCUACAACAAAUUCAUUGCUCAAAUGGGAAUUCAUGACUGAGGAAGCCGAUAUUGGAUUUAGCAUUUAUUAUUUGAAGGCGAACGGAGAAAAGGGUUAUCUCGUGACGCCAGAAAAAAUUCAAAGUCAUUUGAUGAUGGAAGUAGGCGAAAUUAAUUGCACCCGUGUGGGGACUUAUAUAAUGGAAUUUGACAAUAGCUACAGUUACAUCCGCUCAAAGAACGUUUGGUAUCGCGUCGUGAUAGACCUUAUCCCGACAUCGCCGACCCAAGAAUUCGAAGGGGAAUCUACUACGCACACAUAAUGCUGUUCAUCGUACCUGUAUAAAUAAAUCGCUAAUUUUGCGGUUGCACAUUACAGAGUACCGAAAAUAGGGUUUAAAUAUACUUGGCACGCUUGAUUAA